AUGACAACGGCGGCAUAUACACCACUAAAGAAGGAAUUUUUGGACAGCGUCCUACCUUCAAAACAGCAAUAUUAUGAGGAAUUUAAUGACCACACAGAUCGCUGCAAUCGCAUAAGCGAUGAUAAUUUUGGGGAGAGCAUAGGAGAGAAGUUAUGGACGAAUCAAAAAACUAAGGAUUAUGCCAGUAAAACUAUGGAAGCAUGGUGCUAUGCAUCCUGGAAAAAGAAUAGUAUUUCGUCCCAUGAUGAUGAACCCUGCCGCUUUUUAUAUUAUUGGAUUGGGGAAAAGGUGUAUGCCAAUUUAGGAAAAAAUUCAUGGGAAGAAACCAUGCAGGCCAUUUAUAAUGAGCUCAAGGGUCCUACUGGAAAAAAGACUUGUGGAAUUAUAUAUGAACAUAACAUUGACCAAACCAUUUUCAAUGCAAUGAAAAUAGUAUAUGAGUACUAUCGAAACUAUCACACUAUGAAGCACCAUUUAGAGACCAGUCAUUUCUACUGUGAUGAGGAGUGUAAGAGUUACCUGAGAGAAAUUUUUGUAGCAUAUGAGGCUGUGGAUGCACACUGUAAUGAAGAAAAUAGUGAACAAUAUUGUCAAGACUUCAGAAGCUGGUCCAAUGAUCAGGAGUACAGGGAUCUAUUAAAAAAGGGGUGUAAUACAGAAACUAGAGAAGAGCAUAAAGCAAUAGAAGGGCACUACCGUGUCAACCCGGGGAGUCGGGCACCACAGGAAAUAUCCGGUCCUGUAUGGGAUUCGUUACCCACCACGGAAUCGACGUCCUCCGGGAGUAUUGCCGCAGUGUCCACUAUACUGCCUAUGACGGGAAUGGCUUUAAUUUCUUUCUUUUUAUAUAAACUCAACAAUAGACUGUUCAACAACAAUAGCACCUUCCACAAUAGCUUCAACAAUAGGAGACUUGUCAACAUCUACAACAGAUGCUGCAUCUACUAUAUAUAA